AGCACCUUGUAUCCAAACACCCCCUUUGUUCUAGUAUGGAGUAUAUUUGUGCUUGUAGAGCCAUCAGUAAAUGAACACAUGUGGAAGAACUCUGCUCUGCUCUCUGCUGGGCAUAUAGAAAGUAGGACAGUAAACUCACAUUUGGAAGAAUCAUGGACUGACAGGAGGAGCAGUGCUUGACUGCUUUCCCUUUUUUCAAUAACCUGUUUGUCAGUAGUAGCAUAGUACAUCACAAAGACUGGGGAGUGGGACGGAGGAAGGAAAGCAGUAGGUGUUGGUCAAUGCAGUAGGAGUCUGAGAGAGAGAUGCCAGAGCAGAACAAAAUUUGAUAGGGAAUUAUUUCAAAAAAAAAUGGUAGGGAAUUGAGCUGAAGGGAAGCAGAAGCACAUGGCAGGUUGCCUUGGGCGCAAGGCAGAAACCCGUGUUUGUGGAUUCGAUUGGGGUCACAUGCAUGCAGCAUGAGCAUCCAGCAAGCAAUGCAAAGUGCAAGCAAAGUCAUCUUCUUGUCUUUAUAAAUAAAGGAGGAACGGGAGAAGCUAGCUGCAGGCAGAGCGCCCCGUCUGAUCGAUCUGUCUCCUCCAUUCAUUCUCCCUCCACAGCUCCAGCCUCCAGCUACUAAGAUGGGCAUCAGAGGCGGCAGGGGAGCUCAGCCAUCGGCGUCGCUGCUGCUCGUGUCUCUGACUCUGGUCGGGCUUGUGCUCCUCAGCUUCACCUCCUCCUCAUCAGUCGAGGCGCAGAAGAAGACGUGGUGCGUGGCCAAGCCCUCCGCCUCCAACGACAUCCUGUCUCUGAACCUCAACUACGCGUGCUCUCAAGUGAGCUGCGCCGUCAUCCAGAAGGGCGGGCCCUGCUACUACCCGGACAACUUCGUGUCGCGCGCUGCCGUCGCCAUGAACCUCUACAACGCCGCCAAUGGCAGGCACCCCUGGAACUGCUACUUCAACAACUCGGCACUCGUCGUGCAGUCCGAUCCCAGCUAUGGAUCCUGCACCUACUACUGACCUGCUGCAUGGAAUGGAAUGGAAUGGAGUGUCCUACUUACUCUUCUAGUCUGUAGUAGCUAGCUAAAGCUAAAUUGAAACCGUGCGUCUGUGCUGCAGUUGAGAUCGAUUGGAGAGAUGGCCACCGGUUCGUAAGUAUAUAUACUACAGUAUAUGUUUGGAGAGAUGGAUCGAUUGAUUUCUUCGAUGAAGAGAAUUGAAGGAUGCUGAAGCCAUAGCAUUUCACAUUUAC